UAACGCUAUUACCCACUCUGCAUGAUGCCCGGUGGCCGCACAGGACUGGCAUUCGUGGGAUCGGCGUGCACAAUCCACAAGGUAGGCCUCGCAGUGGACACGCCGAAAUCGUUUUCCGCUGUGCAGUCUAUGACCCACGAAAUAGCGCAUUUACUUAACUCCAGCCAUGACGGAGAGGGCAGUUCAAGAAAAUGUGACCUCGGCGAGGGAUACUUGAUGCACAUGCAUCUUGGAGGAAAAUGGCAGUAUCUCUUUUCCAACUGCAGUGUUCUUGCGGUCAGAAAUUUCCUCAUGACGCCAACAUCUAGCUGCCUGAAGGUCCAAGCACGCCAUCACAACAUCCUACUACCCGGAAGCUUCCUGAAUCUGCCCAACGCUACGCUUAAAGGACGAGACUUCUGCAAAAAGUUUUUUCCAGAUUACCAGGAUGUAUCAUACGCCGAGGUGGAAAGUGGGACGAAUAAUUGCCAUUUUCGUUGUAAAAUAACACACCGGAAGUUUGGCGCGCACUACGCCAAUCUGUACGCACCGACGGGAACCCCUUGUAACACGUCUUUGCAGAAGCUCAUGUUCGUCAUUUUCUAUGCUUUACACGAGAAGCUGUUGUGA